AGGCGCAGAACCGUUGCCUCCCAGCGGUUACCCCACCGAGCGGUUUUCAGAGCCCGCUGGGCACCGCGGCUUUGGGAACCAUCGGGGCAGCUUGGCCAGCGUGACACCUCGGCUCCCUACGUCCGCAGCUCUACAGGAGCAGCCAGUCAAGGCUCUAUCGACAUGAGUCUAGUCCUGGUGGUUCACGGUGGAGGAGGCAGCAACAUCUCCACGGACAGGAAAGAGCGGAUGCGCCAGGGCAUCGCCAGAGCUGCAACCGAGGGCUACAACAUCCUCAAGGAGGGAGGGAGCGCAGUUGAUGCUGUGGAAGGAGCGGUGGCGGUCCUGGAAAAUGAUCCCGAGUUCAACGCAGGUUGUGGGUCUGUCUUGAAUGUAAACGGUGAUGUUGAGAUGGAUGCUAGUAUCAUGGAUGGCAAGAACCUGUCGGCAGGAGCAGUGUCUGCCGUGCGCUGCAUCGCAAAUCCCAUCAAACUUGCGCGGCUUGUUAUGGAAAAGACACCUCAUUGCUUUCUGACUGGCCACGGUGCAGAGAAAUUUGCAGCAGAUAUGGGGGUUCCAGAGAUUCCUGUUGAAAAACUGAUAACCGAGAGAAGCAAAAAGCACCUAGAAAAAGAGAAACAAGAGAAAGGCGCAGAGAAACCAGACUGCCCAAAAAACACAGGAACCGUGGGUGCUGUUGCCAUGGACUGCAAUGGAAACCUGGCUUACGCAACCUCUACAGGAGGAAUCGUUAAUAAGAUGAUUGGCCGAGUUGGGGACUCACCUUGCAUAGGAGCCGGAGGUUACGCUGACAAUAACAUUGGAGCUAUUUCAACCACAGGGCAUGGGGAAAGUAUUCUGAAGGUGAAUCUCGCCAGACUCACCCUCUUCCACAUAGAACAAGGAAAGACAGCAGAAGAGGCUGCUGAGCUGGCACUGAAUUAUAUGAAGUCAAAGCUGAAAGGCCUAGGUGGCCUCAUCUUGAUCAGCAAAACAGGAGACUGGGUAGCAAAGUGGACCUCUGUCUCCAUGCCCUGGGCAGCCGCAAAGGAUGACAAGCUUCAGACUGGCAUUGACUUUGGUGAUACCAAGAUCGUGGACCUGCCCUAA